CCGCAAAGGCUCCCAUCUGCUCGGCAAUGGCAAGACGUAGAUAAAGUAGAGACCGUAUUUAAAUUGAAAGUGUCGCAGACUUUCAUGAUAGAAAAUUCCAUCAAUAUUAUUCACCCUACAUGCAACAUGGCGGAAGCAAAACCCCCAGGAUGGACCGAAAACAUUACAUCAAUGACCCCGGAAGCCGUCGAGCUAUUUCGAGUGUAUUCUAAAGUGCCCACUGAUAGGAUAAAGGAACACAUCAAGCAUAUUCACCCCUAUCCAUGUCUUGCAACAUUCACCUUCCUGGAUCUGUUGAUCACACAGUCUCAUCAAUAUGGUGAAGUACUCCAGCGCAUCAAGGACGGCGACAAGUUCCUCGAUUUGGGUUGCUGUGUGGGCCAGGAUAUCCGCAAACUCGUAUUCGAUGGAGCGCCUUCGGAGAACACGUAUGGGGCGGAUUUAGAACCCGAAUUCUUAGAAAUGGGGUACAAAUUAUUCCUUGACAAGUCCACUUUGAAGACGAGCUUUCUUACUGCGGACUUGUUUGACCCCAAGUCGAGUCUGAGGCAGCUAGAUGGCCAGAUAGACAUUGUCCACGCUUCAGCAUUCCUGCAUCUGUUUGAUUACGACAGCUGCGUCAAGGCUGUGCAUAGGAUCGUGUUGCUCUUCAAGAAAACCCCCAAUUGUCUUUUUAUUGGUGCACAGCUGGGUCGUUUGGAGGCCGGUUCAAUACCAGGAUCAAAAGGAACUGAGAAGUACAGACACAACGUCAACUCCUUUGCACAGAUGUGGGAUCAGGUAGGAGAAGAUACGGGAACCAAGUGGGAUGUUGAUGCUCGCCUCAACGAUGAAGAUCUAUACGCCCGGGCUGAAAAGAUGGGAAUAAAGGCUGGGUUUAUUCCACCCGGUUCUCGCUGGUUGCAGUUUAGUGUUCGACGUGUUGCCUGA